AUGUCCGGAAGCCCUGGCGGAACCCUCAGCGCAUUGUCCCCCACGCCUCCAGAACGAGGCUCCUUCCCACUGGACCACGACGGAGAAUGCGCUGCUGUCAUGCACAAAUAUCUCGACUGUCUGCGUCUGGCACGUGGCGAAAAUGCCCACACCUGUCGUCUGCUGGCCAAACAGUACCUGGCCUGCCGCAUGGACAACGGCCUCAUGACACGUGACUCGUGGAAGAACCUGGGCCUGCCCGAGACGCCACCGGCCCACGUGACGCCGGCCGAAAGCUUCACCAGCUCCACCCCGACACCGGCGCCCGCACACCACGCGGCUCCCCCCGUGCACCCGCGCGGUCCCCCCGCACCCCCUGGUGGUGUGAGCGGGGCUGUUUAG